AUGGGCAAGGCCCGGUUAGCUCCAAUCAGAGAAAUUUCCAUCCCAAGACUUGAGUUAACUGCAGCAGUCAUCUCUGUGAAACUCAGCCAUGCUAUCCGUGAUGAAUUAGAUCUGACCGUGAACAAAGUCAUUUACUGGACAGAUUCCAGCUCUGUUUUGAAGUGUAUAAACAAUGAAACCAAGAGAUUUCACACCUUCGAGUCCAACCGCCUGACGAUUAUACACGAUGGUUCUGCUCCCCAAGAAUGGCGAUAUGUCAACAGAGACGAGAACCCGGCAGAUGAUGGAUCAAAGGGUCUAAAGCUAGACGUUCUGAUCAAGAACAACCGAUGGCUGACAGGUCCUAAGUUUUUGUGGAAAGGGGGAGAAUACUGGCCAAAGAUGAUUGAGGUUCCUUGCCUCAAGGAUGAAGAUCCAGAAGUCAGAAAGGAGAAUCAAGUUUAUGUGACAGCGGUCAGUUGUGAUGUCGUGGAGAAGCUUAUUCUGUACUAUUCAUCCUGGUGGAAGCUCAAGGUAGCAAUUGCCUGGUUGCUGCGCUAUAAACAGUAUCUUAUGAACAAGUUUCUACAACUCAGAGGAGGUUGCCCAACCACACAUGAUUCAGCGGAAGGAAGGAAUUACCUCAAACUUGACGAGCUUCGCGAGGCAGAGCAUGAAAUCAUGCGCUAUGUUCAACGCAAAGAGUUCCCUGAUGUAACAGCUCUCCAGCCAGGAGCGGAUGAAAGGUCAGUAAAGAGGCUAAUGAAAAAGAUGGGAGCUUCAAUAAGCAAGUUAAAUCCUCAAGUUCAAGAUGGAUUGCUGAGAGUAGGAGGCCGUAUUGGACGUGCGCCUUUGUCUUACGAGUUGAAACACCCAGUUAUUUUGCCCUACAAGCAUCACAUCACAGAUUUAAUAAUCAGAGCUCAUCACCUCAAAGUGGGACACAUGGGCCAAGAGUCAGUUCUGUCGUCGUUGAGACAGAAGUAUUGGAUUUUGAAGGGCAGAUCUGCAGUGCGCCGGGUGCUAAGCAAGUGCCUUGACUGUCAGAAGAGAAGUGCAAAACCGGCAGAGCAGUUCAUGGCAGAACUCCCAGCAGAUCGCGUGACUCCAAGUGAACCACCCUUUUCAUAUGUUGGAAUCGAUUGUUUUGGCCCAAUCGAAGUGAAACAGGGAAGAUCACACAUCAAGAGGUACGGCUGCCUCUUUACAUGUUUAACUGUACGUGCAGUACACGUCGAGAUUUUGCACUCGCUGAGUGCCGAUUCUAUGAUAAACGCCUUGAGAAGGUUUAUUAGCAUGCGAGGUUGCCCCAAGGAGAUUCGAAGUGACAACGGAACAAAUUUCACAAAGGCUGACAAAGAGUUGAGAGAAACUGUACAACUCUGGAACAACCAAAGAAUCAGUAAUUUCUGUGCUCAGAAAGAAAUCAAGUGGACAUUCAAUCCACCAGACGCGAGCCAUAUGGGGGGACCAUGGGAGAGGAUGAUUCAAACUACUAAGCGAGUGUUGAAGGCUUUGUUGAAGGAACAGUUGGUGACAGAUGAAGUCCUUUCUACUGUCAUGGCAGAAGCUGUCAACAUUGUCAACAGCCGUCCCUUAACACGCAACAGCGAUAGUUCCUUAGAUGAUCAGCCAAUUACCCCCAACCAUUUGUUGCAUUUGCGCCCAACGCCCAGUUUACCGCCAGGUGUGUUUGACAAAGGAGAUCUUCACUGCAAGCGUGCAUGGAGACAAGCUCAGUAUUUGGCUGGUGUGUUCCGGCGGAGAUGGUCCAGCGAGUACUUGCCAACCCUUAUGGAGAGACAGAAAUGGAAGAUGCCUAAGCCAAACAUCAAAGAAGGGGACUUGGUCCUAUUGGCAGAUGAAAGUUACCCUCGUGGCCAGUGGCCGAUCGCACGUGUGGAGGAAGUUGUUGUCAGCAGAGACGGGUAUGUGCGUACCGUUCGAGUGAAGACUGCCUGUACAGUGGCGACUCGUGCUAAGAGAAGACGCCGCAGAGAGCUGAAGACUAGCAAGGUGGAAUUUAAAUCUUUUGCAGGUGCACCAUCCUCACAUCUUCCAUGGAAAAUAAUGGAAAAGGCAAAAAAAUUCAUUUGUGCCUGUUUAAAUGGCGAUAGAAAAGGUGUCAUUUAUUUUGGAGUUGAAGAUAAUCAAAGAGAGGGUUCAAAAUUUCGACACGGAGAAAUAACUGGACUCGAUGUUGAAGAUAUCAAAGACGACAUCACGAAAGCAUUUCAAGAUUUACUCAAUAACCACAUCAAGAGUGACGGUGGACCACUACAAAAAGGAGGAGAGCAAGACUGUGUAAAUCUAUACUUUGUUCCCGUUAAAAGCGAAGGAAAUAAAGUCGAUCCAUAUGUGAUAGAAAUUGAGGUUUCCAGAGAUUGGCGAUUCUGCAAAGAUAAUGUCUAUUACUCUAAACGCUGGAUCGAGAAGAAGACAACGGAUGAGAAAAAAGAUGCGAAUGGAAAGAAAGGACUUCACGAUCUCUUCAAAGUAAAGGAUGAGCUUGAUGAUGUGGCAAUCAGGACCAAUGGGGCAUCGGCUUGUGUGAAACAAGAUGAAGUACGAUGGCAAGUGAGAGAGCCUUUAAAGACAAAGUUCGAUGAGUGGAAACGAGAAACAUCGGGUGCCAGUGACUUAACAGUUGGACAACGCCCUGAUGAUGCAGACUUUCAAAGGUUCAUCCCCAUUGUUAAAGACCGAUUGUAUGAUUUGGAUUUCAAACAGUAUCAUUACGUUCUUAUUGCCAACAAAGUCCCUCCCAAGUACAGAGGAACUCCUCAUUUAUCUUUUCUCCAAAAUAUUCCUUGGAUGGCUGUUUUUGACUUGUUUGAUCCUGCCUCAAAGAAAGAUGGAUUACAUUUUAUUUGUAAUGAGAUGAAUGACGCACCCAGAGCAAAUAUUACAACUCUGGAUGACUUCAAAGACUUUUCGCCUGAUUGGAUUGAUGACAAGAACUGCACUUUGUUCACAAAAGGAACGACUUGGAUUUUUCAACCACAGAAUCUUCAAGACAAAGAAUGGAUCACGUGUUCAGCCAAGUACUAUUUCUUCCAUGCUCUGUCCGCUCUCAAGCAAUACUCUCCUCUCAAGCGACUGAUUGUUGUUAUCCUUGGUCUUGGGGAGAACGCGAUCACGGAGAUGGCAGACAUAUCAGAGAGCUGUUUCACCAUACUUGGUGGGGACGUGGCAAAGAAAUGUGUUACCAUCAUCAUUGAGAAUGAGCCAGUUUUAGAUGCAUUAAUGAAGGCUUCAAAACCAGCUUUACAAAAACGACUCAGAGAUUGCUCUAUUAGCAAUAUAUCGUGGGAGUUACUGAAAGAAAUUGUUCGCAUGAUGGUCGGACCUGCUGAGUUUCAGGAAAAAGGAGCUACUACGAUACUCCCUUUCAUCACAGGUCCCAUAGAAGUACUUAACAAAAUUAUCCACUCCUGGGAGGAUCUUGAAAUUUAUUGCCCAAAUCCUCGAUUAACAAAUUCAACGGAAGAAAUUGAAAAAGCAAGAGAGACAUUCUACAAAGGAGGACAAGUCAGCCAGGUUAACUUGCUUCACAACCACAGCAUUCAAAGGACCCACGAGGAAGAGCUAAUUCAGAAGAUCGAGCAAGCAGUCAAUUCUCUGAAAGCAUCAGCCCGUGAUUCUUGCUCUGUAAGAACAAUCACUCUUCUCUUUGAGCCAGGAUCGGGAGCAACAACUCUAUGCCGUAGAAUUCUCUGGAGUAAACGCAAAGAUUAUCGUUGUGCUGUAAUCAAGUCAAUUUCAAAGACAACAACUGACUUUCAAAUCUCAAAAUUUCAAGCCUUUGGCUACGAUGAACCUCACAGCAUUUCACCUCCUGCUUUGAUCCUCAGUGAUAAUUUCCCCGAGAUCGACACACAAGGCUUGUCGGAGCGAUUACAAGAGAGAGGAACAAAAUGCGUUAUGAUCGCCACCUAUCCUGUCGGAAAAACUGGUGCAGACACUACUUCAGAUAGCAAACCACUGGGCCAACUGGAUGAAGAUGAAAUGAUCCUUGUAAAGGACAUCCUUAUCAAUGUGACCAACGACAAGGGACGUCGAAGGGAGGCUGAAGAAGUGCUCGAGAGAGAAAGACGAUUUAUUUGGCUUGGAUUGGAGCUCUUCGGUCGGGAGUAUGUGAAGAUUGAGGAACGAGUUCGUAAUCACAUCCAGAGCAUUCUGUCUACCCUCGGAGAUUCUCGUGAGACACAUGAGAGGCUGCUCCAUUUUUGCUGCUUCCUCCAUUUUUAUAGUAAUGGUGCAGACAUCUUGCCCCACUCAGUUUUAGUUGACUUCCUUCAAGAAGAAAGUGUUGAGACAGAUUCAGAGUGUGCUCAAGUGUCGUAUAUUCACGACAAAUUCGGAGGUCUUAUUCUCAAUGAAUUCAACGAAACUUACGGGUAUCAUGGCUGGCGACCUGCACACUCCCUUGUCAGCGAAUUCGUCAAAUCACAAAUGAAUGGGAAAGAAAUUGCAGAACAACUUUUAGAACAUGCCGAUAGAGGAAAGGCUUACGUCAACAAAUAUUUAAAACAACAACUUUUCCAGAUUCUGUUGCAUCGUGAAAGGGUAUCUAAUGAAGCAACCAUUCCGCAUGAAGAGGACGUGGCUGAAGAUGAAAUGAGUACUAGUAUCGAAACUGAAGAACAAGGAUCUUAUUAUGUCCGCACCCGGUACUCCCCGCUGAUACUGGAAAUUCUAGGGGGAGAAGAUGGCAACCGAAGAACAUUAGAUUUACUCAUUACGGUUUGCCAAAAGGCAAGGAAAACGGAAUAUAAAGCGUUUGCCUGGCAGUAUUUGGCAAGAUUCAUUGGUUAUGAGAUGCGAUUCAAAAAUUUUGAUGGAGAGGACACUUUACACAGUCGUCUAUUUGAUGAAAUGAAUUUAAACAGAGAGGGGGGAGCCAUGCAGUCCAUGCCGGAAACUGGUAUUCAAGCUGCCCACGUUGCAAUUGAUAUCGCUAUUAAUCUACAACCCAAAUAUAGAAACCAUUACACGACCAAAGGUGCUCUGUACAUUCUACGCCUGAGAGACCUGAAAGCUGAAUCUGGACAUGAUCUUGAGGCUUUAAUGCACGAUGUCAUUGACAUAGGUCGCAAAGCACUGGAGGUGUAUGAUCACGCAAUACCGGGAAAACACGGACACAACCUUUACUCCGUGAUUGGCAAAAUACAAGUCAUUGUCCUCCUCCUAAAAAUCGUGAAGUCCUUACCUUGCUUCUAUCUGGAGAAUAACAGCUACACAAGGUAUCUCGAAGGGGGAAAGAUCCCAACAGGAAUGGCAGACGUGCUUCUGCAAGAAGAUCACAGCUUUAUACAGAGCCUUGGUCAAAUCACUCUGGACACACUUAACGAACUUUUUCAGGAUGUCAAAUACAAGCUGCUGACCACCUGUGAUGAAAAUGAAACAAGGCGCCUAAGCUGCACAAAUGUCAGGGCAUGCAAGUUGCGAAGAGAAUUUUACGAGAUCACUGAAUUUGACCGAAGUGAGAUGAUGGAUACCCAAGAGGAGUUAUCAUCCCAGUCUAAAGAGGCAGCACUCCACCAUAGGCAAGUGGUACAAGAUGUCCUUUUCAGGGAAAAUGAAACAUCUUAUAGUGCCUGGUGCAACCUUGAUGACGAGACAGUUUUAAGAAUUUAUAAUCUCCUAAAACAAGUUUUUCAGCGGGGUCGUGGAAACCAUGACGACAUGGUGAUUUUCUGUCGAGCCUGCCUGCGUCUACAACAAACGAAAGUACCAGUUGACGAACUCGAGAGUGUUGUGCAGAAGUGGGUGAAGAGGAAUCCUGAUUCAGAGUGGGUGCAUCUUUUUAACUAUAUGAUCCAUUUCCCAAUUCCAAAUGGAAGUUUGGCAACCAAUACUUCAGAGGCAUCAAAGUCUGUCGAAAAAUGUUGGAGAAACGUUCGUCAGAGGAGAGGCAUGGGUGCUCGUAAAUCUGCCACAGAGUACUUUCUUGGAAAUGGCAUGGGGCUCUCUGCCAUAGUAAGCCGUCAACAGUUCCCAGAGCUAGAGAAAAAGCUGGAAUCAAAAACUGACUUCUGGAGAAGCAAAGAAGUAUCUGAGACACUCUUGCGAGUACGAGGUCAAAAGAAGUCAAAGGGAAUCAUAACAUAUCACGGAAUUCAACUUCAUUUUGACGACUCACUUUAUCCAAGAGAGAGUAAAGACGACCUCUGGUUUUAUGUUGGCUUCUCAGUCGCUGGUCCUUAUGGAUUUGAUCCUAUCGACAAGGACACUUAUAAUUCCAUCAUGAACAGGAAGCAAGGGAAAAGAAGAACACCACACUCAUCCAUGAGGAAGUCAAAGUUUGGUGGUAAUGCUGCAAAGAGUGUUGUUCCAUCGAGAAGAAAAAACCAAAAGGUCAAUCAGCUAAGAAGAAUUCCUGCUAAUGUAGAAGCCCACACCUCUUUUCAGGACGGUAAAAAGCUACCAAGGGAACUUGCCUCCUGUCCAUCUGGAUCGGAAAUCUACUCCCAGUCAGCCAAUGAAGCUCUUGAUUUGCCUUUAGCUGCCAGUAACGAGUCUCCGAAGUCUGGAAUGAUGGGUGCUUCAACAGGCACCCACAAAGACGGUGCAAAUACCACUCAGAUAUGUACUUACGCAACUGUGGUAAAGCAAACAGCUGCAAAAACCCAGGCACAAGGUCUGAAACCUAGCCAGUUACCCGGCAGACAGACUUUGGUUCCUCAAAAAGGUGGCUCAUGGAAAGCCGUCGAAGGGACCCAGGGAGGAGUGACGCAGGAGUUCCAGCCAACACACGUUGAUCAGGAAGGACGACUGCACCAUGGUUUUAAGGUUCUAGGGGCGUUUAAGUCUGUAGAAUGCAGGAUUCACAAAGGCCCUCGUUCCCUCCUUUCCGAUAUCGAUGAUUGUAGCUUUGCACAUUCAUGGAAGGGGGAUACGCGGCAGUUUGUAUGUAUCAUGUGCACACGAGAAAGAAAGUGUUGCAGACAAAAAGAGGAACAUAAAAAGUUUAUUUGGGACUUAGGCCCCUAUCUUAACGAAAACGGUACCUAAUGGAAAAACCCUUACGUCUGAUAUGAAUUAACAUAUUAAGGUACUCGUUCCUCGUAGUAAUAGUAGAGGAAUUUCGAUUCAAAAGUUGAUGUUUCUUAGAAAUCGCCCUUUAGGUUAUUGCAGGAUGAAAUCAGACAAAAUCAAAAGCUCCUUUUGUUAUCACGAAAUAGCUUACAAGACCAAACGUUCCCCUGUCUUUGUAUUAAGGCACAGAAGUAAACAAGCGGUAACAUUUAACACAUUCCACCAGUGGUUCUCUUUUACUGCAUUCCUGACAGUUUUUGUGCACAUCAAUUUUAAACUUAAACAUUAACAUGCUAAUCUAGGUUUGUAGUUUUACAUUACUUUCUAGUAACAAAAGGAUGUCAUUUGACCUGUAAAAUUGAAUGGUUAACCUACAGGUAGUCAAAGCAGUAGUUCAAACAAACAACAUUUAUUGAAACACUUUUCUUACUUUGAAAGCUAGCCUGUUUUUGCUCGAUUUAACGAUCAGAUUUCUCAAGGACCAAACUUAGCCUAAGUAAAACUUGAGUCCAAAUUACAGAUAUCUCGUAGCAAUAAAGCUGACAUCGCUCUA